AUGACUACGCCGUCUACAAGUUCUGAAACUGUAUGGAAAUAUGUGGGAAUAACAGCAGCCACAGGUGCGGCUGUAGGUAUAUUUCUAUACUAUGCAAGAAAAGAUGACCGAAAUAUCGUCGAAAUCGAACGACUUCAGAUGAUGACCGAGGUUCUAGGUGCCAAAGUUGACGAUCUCGAAACUCUGCUGAAAACCAUGUACGAUGAAAUCAAAAGUCAACGCGCACUUCGAACUUCUUUGAGUAGUGGAGCUCUCAAGACUGUAUCUUUCAAAUUAGAAGCGAGUAAUAGCCGUCCUUCUACCUACAAACAAAUGUCAAGGACCAGAAGCUGGACUUCGAUUACUUCAGAUUCAGAGUAUGGAGACGCCGAAGAAGAUUGGUACACUGACGACCGCGCAUUUGGUGACUCAAAAUCGCUCAGCAGAUCCUUAUCGCAGACCACCGCUCAUUCAAAAACAAUGUCCUUCGAAGAUCUUGAUGCUCUUUUCGGAACAGACCGCGUCCAGGAGGGGUAUGAUGCUUUAAAGAAGAGAUACGAUGCUGGAGAGAAGUCCAUUGAUGUUCUUUGGCGCUUGGCCAAAUUCUGUAACGAAAUUGGAAAUCGUGUUGAGAAGGACAAGAGAAAGGACAUCAUCGUUGAAGGAAAGAAGUACGCUACCGAAGCCUGGAACACCGAUUCCAACAACUUCUUGGCUGCUCGCUGGGCUGCAUUGAUGUCGGGAAAGGUCACCGAGUACCUUGGAACCAAGGAAAAGAUUGAGGAGGGAAAACACUGUAAGGAAUAUCUCGAUCGUGCCAUCUCUAUCCAGCCAAAGGAAGAUGCUCUUCUUCAUCUGCGUGGUCGUUGGGCUCUUUCAGUAGCCAAUCUUUCGUGGUUUGAACGCAAAGCUGCUGCACUUCUGUACUCUGAGCCACCAACUGCCACUGUCGAGGAGGCUAUCGCCGACUUCCAAGCAGCUCAUGAAAUCAAUCCAGACUGGAUUGAAAACACGGUUUACCUCGGAAAAGCUCUUCAUCAAAAGGGAGACAAGGCUGCUGCCAAGCCAUUCUUUGAGCAGGCUCUCAAAAUCACCCCUACCAACGAUAACGAGAAAGAGCUUCUCACCGAAGCCAAGGGCCUGUGCUCGAAGUGUUAAAUCUAUCAUGUUUCGAUACUUUUGUAUUUACGUAAUUUGGUUCCUCUUCAUCCCUAAAUUCACUUCUGGUGUAAACUUUAUGUUGAAAUUUUUCUGCUUGAUGUGCAUUUUGUAUUAUAUAAAACAUGAAAA